AUUCGUCUGCUGGUUAGUACCAUCUGCCACUACCCGCUCGCUCUACCCUGUUUUGAUUUAAACUUUUUGUGUUUCGGCUUUCAAUAUCCCGAUUUAUUUUUAAAUAGUAGUUUCUUGAAUCAAGGGUCAUGGAGAAAAAGAAAAUGCGCAUCUUGGAACUUUAUAGUGGAAUUGGUGGUAUGCACUAUGCAGCUGAAUUAGCCAAUGUUGGGGCCGAGGUCGUUUUCUCUGUAGACAUCAACACUUCUGCCAAUGCAGUUUAUCGCCAUAACUUCAAACAGACCAAUCAGCAAGCAAGGAACAUAGAAUCUUUGAGCGCCAAGGAGAUAAACAAACUGCAACCAGAUAUCAUAAUGAUGAGUCCACCUUGCCAGCCCUUUACUCGUGUUGGGUUGAAACUGGAUGUUGAAGAUUCCCGAUGCUCAUCAUUCCUUCAUUUGCUUGAUAUCCUUCCCCACCUAGAGACAGUUUCUUUCAUAUUGAUGGAAAAUGUUGUGGGGUUUGAAACAUCUGAAAUGAGGAAUGCAUUUACUAAGGCACUGAAGAACUGUGAUUUCCAUUUUCGUGAGUUUAUACUCUCUCCUGAAAGCAUCAAAAUACCCAAUAGCCGAAGCAGAUACUACCUUGUAGCUAAAAAGUGUACAGACUUCUUAUUUGGAUCUGAAAACGACAUUAUGACCUCCUUUCCUAACAGUAGCUGUGACAUUGAAAUGCCGGUGCAAGAAAAAACGUUAGACCCCUAUCUGGAGAAAGAUAUGUCUGAUGAAGAAUUGGCACGUUAUUUGCUUACUGAUAAAACAUUAUUAAAGUAUUGGCGUAUUCUCGAUGUACGACGAACAUCCGACACAUCUUCCUGUUGUUUCACCAAAGCGUAUACCCACUAUGCAGAAGGAACUGGUUCUGUACUUCAACACGACCCGAACGAGCCAUUUCACCAAAAAUUCGCUGAAUUUAAAGAAGAUGAAGAUAUUGCUCAUUUGAAACCUUUAAAAUUAAGAUAUUUCACACCGCGAGAAGUCGGAAAUUUAAUGGGCUUCCCUGCUGAAUUUACCUUUCCUGAAAACACUUCACUUAAAACUCGGUAUCGACUCUUAGGGAACAGUUUGAACGUGUUGGUAGUUUCUAAUCUUUUAAGAAUAUUAUUGGGUUGAAAUAAAUAAUUAAACGUUUAAAUGUU